CUGUAAUAGUAGGUAAUUCGGAAUCAGGAUUCAUGCAUUGCACAAGAACUUCUGGCCCGGUGUUCUCUACUCUCCCUUGCCUCUCCUCCUUGCUUUAUCUCCCGAUCUGGAGAUAUCGAUUUCAACCGACGAUUCAAAUCACAUGACGCUCCAACUACAUUGAGUCCACCUCCACACUACCAGCGUCUUGGACACCGCACACAUGUGUUGACCUCCACGGUGACCAGCACGGAACAUACAUCUUUGGGUCAUAUCGGAUGAUUGGAAUGACGUUUAUUGGCUUGCUGCUACCGUUGAAUCCUAGAGAAGCUGCUGGCCAACACCUACGCGAGCAACAGAUCGUAGAGAGUGUUCCCAUUCCUUCCUGAGGUCGCAAACAUGACACAAAUACGCAAGUACGCGAAUCUACCAGACCUAGAUUCUGCACCAGACGUAUACGAAACGCCCGGAUUGACCGAUGAUGUAUCCACAACCCAGGCUUCAACAACAGAAAGGUCAUCCGGCGAAUCAUCAUAUGACGAAGAUUCCGAGGGCGUCGAAUCGGGUGUGGAUCGAAGGAGGCUCAAGACCGACGACGCUCGAUUACGAUUUGGAUCGAGCAAGGUCGAUGCGCGCAAAGCCGAUUUCUCAGACCGUAUCCGACGCAAGAAAGGUUCGUAUCGAACCGCAAAUCGAGUAACCCGAAAACACUCCGGUUAUCCAUCGGAUGAUGAGAGUGAGGAGGAAAGCCUUCAAAGGAAACUCCGGCGGCUACGACAAGAAAUCGAAGAGGCGAAGGCGGAGUGCGAGCAGAACGAACAGACAUCCCCCGAAGAUCAUGAUGUUGAUGCAGCCUCCGAAAUCGCUAAGCUCAGUCAGAUGCUGGAUUCCGUCUACACACAAGGCGGGAGAUCAAGCAGCGCUGAAACACAGCUCGCCAGCGUAUUGAGCAGACCCUUGGGCGCGGCUCCAGCAUUACACGAUGCCAAUGGCUUAGUGGCGAACGGAGAACGGAUGGGGAUGACCAAAACACCUGCAGCUGCUCAGUAUGAUCGCAAUUUGAGCGAGAUCCUAGCCAAAGCGGCCGAAUUCGACAGCCGGCUUGCCCAGCUGGAAACCUCAUUAGGCGUCUCCAGCUCGACGCCGCAAGACCUGGUCCCCCAGGACCCCGUUUUGAAGACGAUCGAGAGCCUCGACCAGCAGCUCUCGAUCAUCGCGAAUGCUCCAUCGACCUACGAGACCGCCGCGCGACGACUCCAGGACCUCCAACGUCAACGCCGAGAAAUCGAGGUCGAGGAUGAAGCUACAUCCAAAAUCAAAAUCAACUCGACGGGUGGAUCGAAGGCGAAUGGCACGCCAUCCGCCGACGCUGCGCAAUCCUACCUGGACGACCCUACCAAUGCCGAAGCCAUCAAAGCGCUUUACUCCGCCCUCCCCGCCAUCGAAUCCAUGGCACCAACGCUUCCACUCGUCGUCGAGCGGCUCCGGUCACUGCGGCUCAUCCACGCGUCGGCCGGCGAUGCGAGCACGACGCUGGAUGAGAUGCGGACGCGGCAGCAGGAGCAGGAGGCGGAGAUCAAGGCAUGGAGAGAGGCGUUGGACAAGGUGAAGGAGGCACUGAAAGAUGGCGAGGGCGUGUUGAAGGAGAACAUGGAUGUCGUGGGCGGAUGGGUGAAAGAUCUGGAAGCGAGGGUGCAGAAGUUCAGUUGAAGCAUUGUGCGAGUGACCGCGUCAUGUUUGUCACGCAUGUACCAGAUACCCUCCAGCGAAGUCGUUUUGAAGUUUUCUACUGCACCAUAGCCAUACCCGUGACUCAUACAUCACCUUUGAUCUCUUCCCACGCCUGUUUCCUCCCCUCCAUCCGCCGCAAUACCUCCUCCGCAUUCCGCAACCCGCUCUCCCCCGCCCGAAAAUUCUCAUCGAGAAACCGCUCCAGCUCUUCCCGCUUCGCCGCCGACGCCUCUGCCCAUGACGCCAUGGAUAUCUCCAUCGCAUUCGCGUCCUGCAGCAGAUAGCUCUCCCCGGCGAGGCGAUCGACAAUUUUGGCGUUCUCGUCCGCGCCGGCCGCGAGGCGGCGGCGGAGGUACGCGGUUUGUUGCAUUAGGUCGCGUUCGUCGUCGA